AAUAUUGAUUACUAUUAUAAUGAUGAAACUGUACUUUUUCCUUUAAUUAAUCUGAUAUGAUAGGAUGAUUAAAUUCAGAUCAGUAAAUGUUAUUUUAUUCUUCAUGAAAGAUCAUAGAUAUGUGUGAGGGUGAGCUACUACGAGAAAAUCAAUAUUGUUUAUGAUACGUCAACAGGGUGAGGGCGCUUUCGGGUGUUUUGCUUUGACACGAAACUAAGAUUUUUUUUAUAUUUUUCGACAUGAUAAUUUGCACUAGAAAACAACACCUUAUUAAAUACAGGUUAUUGUGAGAGGUAAAAGUUUUAGUUUAAUAUCAGCUUCAAGUGAUAAUUAUGGACAACGCAGACUUGGGUUAUUCCUAUUAUCUUCCUUCAGUUGGAUGGAAUCUAAAAAUUAAAAAUGCGUUGUCUCAGUUUAGUGAUCUAUUUAGUCAAUUUAACAGAUAUAUAGCACCUGCCUAUCAUCAUGAUCGAUGUGAAAGAUCAGUACCAAUGCGCCUUUAUUCAAUGCAUAAACGAGAAUUUGUUAUGGUAUUUGUUGCAUUUUUUGCCUCUUUUGGAUUAUCAAUAUUUAUUGGUCUCGCAGGACCACCAAUCACUUCUACAAGUGAACACAAAGCUCAUUUGAAUGGCACUGAUAUAGCAACUGGGCCUUUUAUUAUGAAGACUCCAACACUUUCGACAUACUGUCAACAAUUGUGGAUAAUUGCUAAAAUUUCUACAGCGAAUAAUGAUGAUGAAAGAUAUGAUAAGAGCUUUCAAGUGAAUGUUUUAAUUGAUGGAAUCACACAAGAAAAUAAACUUGUUUCUGUUCUUUCGUCAGAUGCUGCCAAUAAUAGGACUAGAUAUUUAAAGUGUGAAAGACAACUUUGUGAAGAAUUUAUUGUAGCUCAUCUAGGCUCUUUAGAUUAUACACAUUAUAUGACAACUGUUUAUUUUUAUGGAUUGCAGAGCUUCCAUCAACGUUACACAAUUCGUGAUUUAACUUUUUAUUUUAAAAAUUAUAAUCCAGCAUUCACACAAAUUGAAAUAUGGUUCAGAUUAAUCUUUCUCCUAGCGGCAUUUAUUGUUGCGUGUUGGUUUGGCCACUGCUUAAGAAAGUAUCCAAUGAAUGAUUGGUCUAUUGAACAAAAGUGGAUAUCAAUUCUUCUUCCAUUACUUAUUUUCUACAACAAUCCACUCUUUCCCAUGAUAUUUCUUAUUAACUCAUGGAUCCCAGGAAUGUUAGAUGCAAUUAUGCAAACAUCAUUUCUUUGUGCCAUUCUGUUAUUUUGGUUGUGCAUUUAUCAUGGGUUAAGACAAAAUGAAAGAAAGUUAUCCACAUUUUAUUUACCAAAAAUUGUAAUUGUUGGAUGCUUAUGGGGUGCUGCAUUGACCUUGGCUACGUGGCUAAGGUGUACAGAGCUUGAAGAUCCAACUUAUAAUUACGUACUUGAUACGUCCAAUUAUUAUGGUUUCAAAGUAUUCUUCUUCACAAUCGGUGGAGUUUAUAUUGUAUAUCUCUUGUUCUUAAUUUUAAGAGCAUAUAGUGAAUUAAGAUCAAUGCCAUAUUUUGAUCUUAGGCUAAAAUUUUUAACUCUAUUGGCAAUGAUAGUUAUUGGAGUAUGUGCAAUUGUAACAUCACGUCAAUUUGGUGCUGGUGUUUUAGAAGAUAGUUUUGCAUCACGUCUUUCGACAUAUUAUCGUACAUCUGCACAAUUUAUGGCACUUUAUGGUGUUUUAAAUUUUUACUUAUAUACAAUGGCUUAUGUAUAUGCACCAGGAAUUCAAAGUGUUUAUGGUCAAUAUUCAUCUAUUACGAAGGACAAUCCAACAUUUUCAAUGAUUAAUGAUUCUGAUGAAGAAGUGCUUUACGGAUCUGAUGAAGACAGUUGUAGACCUCUCACGCGAACGGCUCGUAAUACAGAUGAUAGUGAUUAGAUAGGGUCAUCAACAAAAUUUUAUCAACGUGUAAGAAUAUCUUCAAGAAAAAUUCAGAGAAAAUAU